AUGUACGCCCUUCUCCGAGCUCCCCGCGUCAUCUCCGCUAACCUCCAUGCCAGGGUCGUCUUCGCGCUCCUCAUUAUCAACAAGGCCGGCGGUCUGGUCUACAACCGCGAGUUCCACCAGGGUCUUAAUCCGCUCCGCAGCAACGACCUGCUCAUGCUUGCUGGAACCUUCCAUGGUGUCCAUGCCAUAACACGCUCUCUCACGCCUGCCUCGGUACUUCCCACAGCCUUACCGGCAAGUUCCAACACGGCGCCGUCGCUGCGCCCCCAGCCCUCCGGCCUAGAGGUCCUCGAAACGGCCAAGUUUCGCCUCCAGUGCUUCCAGACCCUUACCGGUACCAAGUUCCUGCUCUUCACCGAGCCCGGCCAGCCGAACAUCGAUUCCAUAAUCAGAAAGAUAUACGAGCUCUACGCCGAUUUCGUCACCAAGAAUCCCUUCUACACUGUGGAGAUGCCAAUUCGAUGUGAGAAGUUCGACCGCGGCCUGGAUGCUUUUGUGAGGAGUCGGGCUUGA